GGCGGGGGAACCGGCGGGGCAGAGCGCGGCGCUGAGAUGGUGGCGGCGGCCUUGAACAAGUGAGCGAGCAACUCCUGGAGUACCUCUCCACUGGGGACGGGAGCCCGGGGAGGCGGGGAGCGCCGGCGACCUCCGAAGGACCGGAGGAGGAGUCGGAGGGAGGCGCCGUUCGCCUCCCAGAGGGGAAACUGAGGCCCGGCGGGGGAGUCGGGCCCCUCCUUACCAGCGUCUCCACACAGACGCCAUGGCUGAACCCCUGAAGGAGGAAGAAGGGGAGGACGGCUCUGCGGAGCCCCCCGGGCCGGUGAAGGCGGAACCCACCAACACCGCUGCCUCUGUAGCGGCCAAGAACCUGGCCUUGCUCAAAGCCCGCUCCUUCGACGUGACCUUUGACGUGGGGGACGAGUACGAGAUCAUCGAGACCAUAGGCAACGGGGCCUAUGGGGUGGUGUCCUCCGCGCGCCGCCGUCUGACUGGCCAGCAGGUGGCCAUUAAGAAGAUCCCUAACGCUUUUGAUGUGGUCACCAAUGCCAAGCGGACCCUCAGGGAGCUGAAGAUCCUCAAACACUUCAAGCAUGACAACAUUAUUGCCAUCAAGGACAUCUUGAGGCCCACUGUGCCCUAUGGCGAGUUCAAAUCUGUCUAUGUGGUCCUGGACCUGAUGGAGAGCGACCUGCACCAGAUCAUCCACUCCUCCCAGCCGCUCACCCUGGAGCACGUGCGCUACUUCCUGUACCAGCUGCUCCGGGGCCUCAAGUACAUGCACUCGGCUCAGGUCAUCCACCGUGACCUCAAGCCGUCCAACCUGUUGGUGAAUGAGAAUUGUGAGCUCAAGAUUGGUGACUUCGGCAUGGCCCGUGGCCUAUGCACCUCGCCCGCUGAGCACCAGUACUUUAUGACUGAGUACGUGGCCACACGCUGGUACCGUGCUCCUGAGCUCAUGCUCUCGCUGCACGAGUACACGCAGGCCAUCGACCUGUGGUCCGUGGGCUGCAUCUUUGGUGAGAUGUUGGCCCGGCGCCAGCUCUUCCCCGGCAAAAAUUAUGUACACCAGCUGCAGCUGAUCAUGAUGGUGCUGGGCACCCCAUCGCCAGCCGUGAUCCAGGCUGUGGGGGCUGAGAGAGUGCGAGCCUACAUCCAGAGCCUGCCCCCCCGCCAGCCUGUGCCCUGGGAGACGGUGUACCCCGGCGCUGACCGCCAGGCCCUGUCCCUGCUGGGGCGCAUGUUGCGUUUCGAGCCCAGCGCCCGCAUUUCCGCGGCUGCUGCCCUUCGCCACCCCUUCCUGGCCAAGUACCACGACCCUGACGAUGAGCCUGACUGUGCCCCGCCUUUUGAUUUUGCCUUUGACCGUGAGGCGCUCACCCGGGAGCGCAUUAAAGAGGCCAUAGUGGCUGAGAUUGAGGACUUCCAUGCACGUCGCGAGGGCAUCCGCCAGCAGAUCCGCUUCCAGCCUUCCCUGCGGCCUGUGGCCAGUGAGCCUGGCUGCCCUGAUGUUGAGAUGCCCAGUCCCUGGGCUCCCAGUGGGGACUGUGCCAUGGAGUCCCCUCCCCCGGCUCCACCGCCAUGUCCCGGCGCCGCACCAGACACCAUCGACCUGACCCUGCAGCCGCCCCUGCCCACCAGUGAACCAGCCCCUGCAAAGAAGGAGGGUGCCAUCUCCGACAACACCAAGGCGGCCCUCAAAGCUGCCCUGCUCAAGUCCUUGAGGAGCCGGCUCAGAGAUGGCCCCAGCGCUCCUCUGGAAGCUCCUGAGCCUCGGAAGCCGGUGACCGCCCAGGAGCGCCAGCGGGAGCGCGAGGAGAAGCGGCGGAGGCGGCAGGAGCGAGCCAAGGAGCGGGAGAAGCGGCGGCAGGAGCGGGAGCGCAAGGAGCGGGGGGCCGGGACCUCUGGGGGCCCCUCCACUGAUCCCCUGGCCGGGCUGGUGCUCAGUGACAAUGAUCGCAGUCUGCUGGAGCGCUGGACUCGCAUGGCCCGGCCCCCAGCCCCCGCGCCAGCCCCGGCGCCAGCCCCAACCCCAGCACCAGCACCAGCCCAUGUCCCCGUCCCCAGCCCGGCCCGGCCCGGCAGCCCUCCUGCUGCCCCCCCAGCACAACCUGUGGGCUCCACCCCUGGUCCUGCACCGCAGCCCGCCUGCCCGCCCCCUGGCCCCGCCCCCCACCCCGCCCGUCCUCCUGGGCCUGGCCCCGGCCCUGCCCCUGCCCCAGUCCCGACCGCCCCCUCUAGUGUCCUGGCUCCCCAGUCGCUUGUGCCGCCCCCAGGGCUCCCUGGCCCCAGUGCCAUAGGUGUUCUGCCUUACUUCCCGUCUGGCCCACCCCCUCCGGACCCCGGAGGGGCUCCUCAGACUUCCACCACAGAAUCCCCUGACGUGAACCUGGUGACUCAGCAGCUGUCCAAGUCACAGGUGGAGGACCCCUUGCCCCCUGUCUUCUCCGGCACUCCGAAGGGCAGUGGGGCCGGCUAUGGUGUUGGCUUUGACCUGGAAGAGUUCCUAAACCAGUCUUUUGACAUGGGCGUGGCUGAUGGGCCCCAGGAUGGCCAGGCCGACUCAGCCUCCCUCUCAGCUUCCCUGCUUGCUGACUGGCUGGAGGGCCACGGCAUGAAUCCUGCUGACAUUGAGUCCCUGCAGCGGGAGAUCCAGAUGGACUCCCCGAUGCUGCUGGCUGACUUGCCGGACCUCCAGGAGCCCUGAGGCCCACAGCCUGGGCCUUGCUGUGGGGGGCGGACCCCGCGACAAGACUCACAGGAACGUUUCCGAGGGCUGGAGCCCUGGGCCCGGAAGUGGAAGCUCAGCUUCGAUGAUUCCGCAGGUUCAUCUCAGACACACUCUGCAGCCUUAAGCAGCCACCUGAGCCACCGCCAAGCCAUGGCAGGAUCAGGAAACCUCUACUCCCUGAGCGAUCCUUUUCAGUAUUGUAUUUUUAUUAUUAUUAUUAUUAUUAUUAUUGUUAUUAAUAUUAUGACACGAUCUUUUUGCCAUCAAAACAAGGCCUGUGAAAUAUAAGGUUCUCUUUAGUGCCUAA